AUGCAAGGCUCAUUUACCAUAUACAUUUUUAAUGCACAUAGGAUACGUGAGAAGGCAGUAAGAGAACUCCUAAGUCGCCAUUGUUUACUGUACGAAACAGACGACUCCCAGAAGAAAGAAGAAUUCCUAACCCAGCAGCUUCAUGUGCCAAAAGAAUGGAUUCAUGAGGCAAAGGCCACACGUGCUAGAGCUGAAGGUGACCAUCACAAAGAAGCUUUGCAUCUGAUGAAAGCAGGACAUUGGAACCAGUGUCACAAACUUGUGAUUCGCCAUCUGGCUUCAGAUGCUAUUAUCAAUGAAAAUUACAGCUAUCUGAAGAGUUUCUUAGAUGAGAUAUCUUUGCAAGAUCGCUGUUCCCAUAUCCAGGAUUGGGAUACAUCAGGACGAGUUUAUCUAGACUACAUUAGAAUCAUUGAGACUCUCAACAGGAUUCAGCAGUUGGAUGGUCCUGGAUACGAAUUGGAGCAUUUGCAUACUAAAGUGACAUCCCUGUGUAGCAGGAUUGCUUUGAUACCAUGUCGUACAGCCAAAGACCGAUUGGCACAGUCUGAUAUUGCUAAGCGUACUGCAAAUAUAUUACGAGUGGUCUUAAUCCUGCAGCACAGCUCUGAAACUGGUCCAGACUAUGCUCCUGAUUCUCAACGUGUCCCUCUUAAACUGCUUGCACCUCACAUUGGACGCCUACCUAUGCCAGAGGACUAUGCCUUAGAGGAACUCCAUAGUCUUACACAGUCUUAUCUAAGAGAACUAAUUGUCAGCAGUCAGUGAUACCAUGAGGGCUAAAAAGUGAGCUACGCAACACAUCUGCUUUGUACUUGGAGAAUUAACCAAAAACCUCUAUGCAGAGGUUUUUGUAACACUCCACCCUCCCAGAGACUGAUGCUGUACUCCUGAUGGCACCAUAUAAUGGUGCAUCUUUGCUUUGUGGGGGAUGAUUCUUUCAAACCAGGCUGUUUCCCAGGUUGUUGGUGGGAGCCUGUAAGGAACUCUAUCUUCUCUUCGGUAAAAACUACAGCUCAGACCUUCUGAAACUGCAGUUUAAAUGCUACUGUUUCAUGUGAUAGUUUUUUUCAUAAUGUCUGUACAGUAAUGAAUACAGCUGAAUGCUAGUAUAUAUUUUGAAGCAGUCAUGAUUAAAAUUUAUAAUUCUCUUUGUAUUGAGAGGCUUAUUAUGCUGCAUGUACCAUGAGACUGAAGUGUUAUGUUUUACGCAGAACAUAAGAGGGAUCUGUAGUACUUCGGCCGUGCACAAGUCUUUCAGCACAAGCAUGUACAAUAUUCUCUUCAUUGUGCCUCAGUUUUAUGGAGAAUAUACAGCAAAAAAAUGAUGGCCACUGAAUUUGAUGCUGAGUGCUUGGAUUGUUACUGGUCUUUUACUCACAAAUUGGUGCGUUUAAUUUAAUUGUUUGGGCAGAAUCCCAAAGAUAUCCACAUAAUGCUGUGUUUGCACCAGCUAAACCUAAUUUUAAACGCAAAGUUCACUAUGCUUUGCUGAUUUUAACACUGGUUGUCCCAGCUUGUGUGCAGAUUGUGCAGCUAUUCUGUGGAUUUGGCAGUAAAAUGUGCACAGGGUUUUGGUGGCUACCACUGUAAAUUUUAAGAUGCCUACAAUUUUUAAGUACUCCAGCAAAUCCACUGUGAAGCCAUGAUUCACAAGGUACUAGUACAAACCUAGUUUCAGGUAUUCAUUAGUAACAAGUGGCAUGUGAAGUUGCAAAAUACUGAACUCCACUUGGGUGUAAUGGGAUUCCUUCUGAUGGGUUGUUGGGUCCUUGCAGAAUAAAAAUUGAAAGCAUAUGUCUCACAGUUUUCAUUUUAGUUUAUUUGGAUUGUACUUUGCUGCUGCUGCUUCAUUCAGUUUUGACUGCUACCCUGAUUGUAUUUUUCUAGCAGCUGUGACAAGAGAGAUUUUUUAAUAACAGCAGCUAUCUGAUGUACUCUAGGCAUUGUUCAUCCUCUGAGUGCUGAGUUUUUUUUUUUUAAUUCUACAUCAAACCCAUCAUGUAUCCUACCUCAACAUAUGUCUGUCAGUUCAUCUCACAACAGUGAAGUUUGUGUCUGCUGUACUAGUCAGCUGGUGAACCGAGGAGUUAAUGGAGUUCAGUUAACAAGCCCUUAAGUUUUUGAUUCUUAUUGAAACUUUUCAUUUCCUGUGUUCAUCUUUUUUCGUUGAAUUUAAUAUUCCUUUCAGUUCUAAUUGCCAUCAUGCAUGUUGCAGUGUAAUACUACAAAGUUAUUUGGGAUUUUCCAAUUGUGAAAGCAGUGCAGCGUAGUAAUUUCAGCUUUUGUUAUUUACAAAUUUAUAUGUACAUGAUACGGAUUUGUGCUGAUUUGCUAGGAGCCUUGUUGUAGAGCACUGGUUCCAGUUGAUAAAAGAAAUAUAUUUGUUAAACUAUUGAAUAUAUGUGAGUUAUUUCUGAUGCUGGGUUCAAAUGAAUAGCAUACUCUGUAAAUUUAAUUUUAUGAACCAUGGAUGAGCGAUUGUAAAUGAUUCUUUGCCCUGUAAUUGCAUCUGAAUGUUUAAAAUAUUGAAAAUGAAGACUGUUUACAAAUACUUUGUUACUCAUAUUUACCUUAAAGUCACAGUCUUGUUAUUUUACUUGCUGAUAACCACGUAUCCCAGAAGUACAGGAUGAGGAGGAAAGCUGUGUUGCUUGAAACAUUGUCGAGAGGAAUCUGAUGGUCAUUUGUGCUGUUCUCCCAUGCUGCGUGGAAUGCCCUAUGCUUUUUCUAAAACUGAUAUUGCCCAUAUUUAUAUUGGGCUUUUAAAGGUAAAUAACCACAGUUCAGGUAUAAAUGCAGCAGUUUUGAGCAUCUACUUGCCAUCAUUGUGUCGGGCUCACCUUUGACCAGUUCUUAGCUUGCUGACUACAUAAAGCUGUAGCUGCGAAGGGUUACUGUAUCAGUUUAACUCAUCUUGCAGUGGCUUCAUUGCCCUUCUUUUCUUUAGGGGGGAAUCGCACUUGGCAUAACUGAGGCUGUUUUUAAGGUGGCACUUUAAUGUGUCAUGCAUGUAAUCUGUGUAAAAUGUUUUUAAUACAGAUUGUGAAUAAAUGAUUUAGAUUUUU